AUGGAGAGUCACAGCGACCCUCAUUACCCCCCGUCUCUGUGCAGCGGCGUCGAUCAGCUAGCAGAGGGCGUGGUUCUGUGCUGUGGACUCCUGAUGUUCAGGAUCAUAAACGCUGAAUCAGGAGAGACGAGAAUCUGCGGCGUCAAAUUCUCCCAAAACUUCCAUUCGGGUUCAGAGAGGACGAGCGGCAACGGCAACAUCAACAACCGCUCGCUGUCCUCCUGGAACUGGAUUUCUCAUCAGAACAGUAACAGAAUCCCGCGGGUGAUUUUUGAAGCCGAGUGUCAGCAGCAGUACUGCAGCAGUUCCAGCAGCUACCAGCAGAGAGAGCUGAACUCAGUCCCCAUCUACAGACACAUCCUGGUCCUGGUCCCCGACCGGCAGAACCGAACCUGCUUCCACGUGUCCGUACGGAGGGUCGCCGUGGGCUGCGCGUGUGCGUGGGCUCAGGCCUCCACGUGAAGCUUCAGAAAUGAAACUGAGAUCACUGAGAAUCAUGAUCUGUACAUCAUAUUUAUUUUAAAAU